AUGGCGCCACAACAAAAGGGAUUUUCGUGGUCCAACAUUGCGGUUGGAUCCAUCAUGAACAUUGUCGAGGUGACGACGCUCGGUCAGCCUCUCGAGGUGGUCAAGACACAAAUGGCAUCGAACCGACAGCAGACGAUGAUGCAGGCGCUCAAGACAGUUUCGUCUCGAGGAGGUGUUCUCGGCUUCUACCAAGGACUGAUUCCAUGGGCUUGGAUCGAAGCGUCGACCAAGGGAGCUGUGUUGCUUUUCACCGCAGCUGAAGUUGAAAAGGUAGCCAAGAAUGCCGGAUUUUCGUCGGGAGCCGCUGGUCUGCUCGGAGGCAUGACGGGCGGUAUCGCACAGGCGUAUGCUACCAUGGGAUUCUGUACGUGCAUGAAGACGGCCGAGAUCACGCGGCACAAGCAGGCGGAAGCCGGAAUCAAGCCUCCAUCGACGUGGGCUGUGUUUGGCGACAUCUACCGACGAGAAGGACUGAAAGGGAUCAACAAGGGUGUCAACGCCGUCGCGGUUCGACAGUGCACCAACUGGGGAUCCAGAAUGGGCUUCGCGCGUCUCGCCGAGAGCCCGAUCCGAAGCCUCUCGGGCAAAUCCGAAAAGGACAAGUUGAACGCCGCUGAGCGCAUUGCGUGCUCCAGUAUCGGCGGUGCUUUGGCCACCUGGAAUCAGCCCAUCGAGGUCAUCCGCGUCGAAAUGCAGAGCAUGGCCAAGGCCACUCCCGGAAGCAAUCGUCCCGAAAAGUUGACCAUCGGCAACACGUUUGCUUACAUCUACAAGGAGAACGGCAUCAAGGGUCUCUACCGAGGUGUCACACCAAGGAUCUUCCUCGGCGUCUGGCAGACGAUUUGCAUGGUCAGCUUUGCCGACUACGUCAGGGAGUUUAUCGGAUCCAAAUAA